GGGUGUGGCUCUUAUCUGGCAGGAACGUGACUGUUUGGUAUCAAAUGCCAAAGUCUACCCAGGACCAUCUACGGUGUCCUCAGUGCCAUCUGAUAGGAGAGGUCCCUGAGUUCCUGGCCACUUCCUGCCUGCACCAGGGCACCCUGUGACCUCAGCCUUCUGCAGGGCCUUCACCCUGCCAGGACCAGCCUGGAGCCGGCAGCCAGACCCACUUCCCUUUGAAUUGCCCCCUGGAGUGGACAGAACCUGCCUGACGGCUGCCCUGAGGCCAUUGUGGCCAUCCCCCUGCACCAAGAUCCAGGCCUGGGUCUGCCCUGCCCAGAGUCCAUGUCCAGUCCUCUCACUGGUGGUCGGGUCCCACACCCUGCGGUGGACAUGGUGGACAAGAGUCCGGAGAAUGCAGGGUCCCCAGAAGCAGCUAAGCAUCUGCCCUACUUGCCUCCAACCCCUGCAGGGGGCUUUGGUUCCACCCUGGCCCUGGACUCAGGGGAAACUGACCCCUGGGCUCUCCCUGAGCUGAAAGACACCAGUCAGUCCUGGACAGAGCUCAGUGUGGCUGGCAGGGUGCACCGGGUGGUCGUUGGCAUCCUCAAAGCCUGUGGUAUCCUGGGUAACCUCUACCUCUUCAUCUGCUCACUGGACAUCCUUAGCUCCGCCUUCCAGCUGCUGGGCAGUAAAGUGGCCGGCGACAUCAUGGGGGACAGCCCGGUGCUGAGCAACCCAGUGGCAGGCCUGGUCAUCGGUGUGCUGGUCACCGUCCUGGUACAGAGCUCCAGUACGUCCUCCUCCAUUGUCGUCAGCAUGGUGGCCUCCAAGUUGUUGACCGUCCGGAUGUCAGUGCCCAUCAUCAUGGGUGUCAAUGUGGGCACCUCCAUCACCAGCACGUUGGUUUCUAUGGCACAGUCCGGGGACAGGGAUGAGUUCCGAAGGGCUUUCGGGGGCUCCGCACUGCACAGCAUCUUCAACUGGCUCACAGUGCUGGUGCUGCUGCCGUUGGAAAGUGCAGCCUCUGUGCUGGAGAGGCUCAGUGGGCUGGUCCUGGGCUCGGCCAAACUGGAGCCUGGGGCCCACGCCCCCGACAUCCUCAAGGUGCUGACUGAGCCGCUUACACACCUCAUCAUCCAGCUGGACAAGGAUCUGAUAGCAGGCAGCGCCUCAGGCAAUGCCACCAACAGCAGCCUCAUUAAACGGUGGUGCAGCACUGGGACACACUCGACCACUGACAGCGGCACCUGCGGCGCGGUCGGAUGCUCCGAGGGCAAUGGCACGGCCCCGGAGGACAAGCUGCCCUGCCACCACUUAUUUGUGAACACGACGCUCACCGACCUGGCCGUGGGCCUCAUCUUGCUGGCGGGCUCGCUGCUCGUACUCUGCGCUUGCCUCGUGCUCAUCGUGAAGUUGCUCAACUCGGUGCUGCGCGGCCGCAUCGCCCAGGUCGUGAGGACCCUGAUCAACGCUGACUUCCCCUUCCCAUUUGGCUGGCUUGGUGGCUACCUGGCCAUCCUGGUGGCCACAGGGAUGACCUUCAUGGCCCAGAGCAGCAGUGUCUUUACAGCGGCCAUUGUGCCUUUGAUGGGGGUCGGGGUGAUCAGCAUGGAGCGGGCUUACCCCCUCUUCCUGGGAUCCAACAUCGGCACCACCACCACAGCCCUGCUAGCAGCCCUGGCCAGUCCCUCAAACAUGCUGCUGGAUGCUCUCCAGGUGGCCCUCAUCCACUUCUUCUUCAACGUGGCUGGCAUCCUGCUUUGGUAUGUGGUGCCGGCCCUGCGGCUGCCCAUUCCGCUGGCCAAGAAGUUUGGAGACGUGACCGCCCGCUAUCGCUGGGUGGCUAUUGCCUACCUGCUGCUCAGUUUCCUGCUGCUGCCCCUGGCGGCCUUUGGGCUAUCCAUGGCUGGCAGCACAGUGCUGGCUUCGGUCGGCGGCCCCCUGCUGGGGCUGCUGCUCCUGGUCAUUCUUAUCAAUGUUCUGCAGCAGCGCCGGCCAUUCUGGCUGCCCCACUGCCUGCGCUCCUGGGCCUGGCUCCCCCGCUGGCUGCGCUCACUGGAGCCCUGGGAUCACUUCUUCACCAGCUGCUGCCCCUGCGGUGCCCCCACAGCUGCCUCCAAGGAGGCCCACUGCUACGAGAACCCCGAGGUCCUGGCCUCGCACCCUCUGUGAGAGCCAGACUGGGAGAGGGAGGUCCCUGGACACCUACCUCCCCUACUUUGCCAAUAAAGGAAGUUGUGCCCA